AUGAUCACUCCAACCUCUCGUGGGGUCGACGAGACUCCUGACAGUCUUGUGCACCGUUUGCGGCAAUUUAUGUGUUCGUUUUCCCCGGUUCCACCUCGAACUCUAAUGACUGAGGCUUAUGUCGAAAAAGACUUCGGCAAGUGUAUUCAUGUGCUCGUUCGGUGUGACCGUGUGCGCCAGCCGCUGGAAUCAUCAUACGAAGGACCGUUCCGCGUGCCCGCGCGCAACGCCAAGACCUGCCAGAUUCUUCGCAGUGACAAGGAACACGUGGUCAGUGUCGAUCGGAUCAAGGCUGCUGUUGCAGAGGAGCCGCCGGACCUGUCACAAGGACAACAAUGUGCUGACCCACUAUCCCCUGACCCUCCAUCUUCCCUAUCACCAGCUCAUGCAUCUUGCCCACUGCCUCGCCCUUCUCCACUGCCCUCUGCCUUUCCAUCCAGCAUACUUCCUCUCCCUACAUGUCUACAGCAUCCAACUGCAACAUCAUCGUCCACCAUAGCAUCUUAG